AUGAACACCAUAGGACCACGCAGCCGUCACACCGCUUGUAACGACCGUUGGUGGAAGAAGUACCCCCCCCCCCCUCCAAAGGUGCGGAUUCCGGCCGCAAAACCUGACUCUAAAGGGGAGGGUCUGGGUGGGCCCUCUUACGGCGGAGGCUCUUGUGCGGGACGUGGACUGAAGACCCUCAUAGAGGGCGCCACUGGACUGAGGGGCGCCUCUAGACUGAGGGGCGCCUCUGGACUGAGGGGCUGCGAUUUUGGCAGCUCCGGAGUGAAGGGCGGCUCUGGCAGCGCCGGAGUGAAGGGAGGCUCUGGCAGCGCAGGACAGGCGGGAGGCUCCGGCACUCUGGGCUGGAGGGAGACUCUAGCAGCUCCGGGCUGGAGGGAGACUCUGGCGGCACCGGGCUGGAGGGAGACUCUGGCGGCACCGGGCUGGAGGGAGACUCUGGCGGCUCCGGUCUGGAGGGAGACUCUGGCGGCUCCGGUCUGGAGGGAGACUCUGGCGGCUCCGGGCUGGAGGGAGACUCUGGCGGCUCCGGGUUGGAGGGAGACUCUGGCUGCUCCGGGCUGGAGGGAGACUCUGGCUGCUCCGGGCUGGAGGGAGACUCUGGCUGCUCCGGGCUGGAGGGAGACUCUGGCUGCUCCGGGCUGGAGGGAGACUCUGGAGGAAGGAGACGGAGAGACAGCCUGGUCCUUGGAGGAGGCACAGGAUAGACCGGGCCGUGGAGGCGCACUGGAGGUCUCGACUAAGGGCCUGCACAACCCGUCCUGGCUGGAUGGUGAUUUUCACCCGGCACGUGCGGGGCGCAGGUACAGGACACACUGGGCUGUGCAGACACACGGGAGACACAGUGCGCAGCAACGACGCAGGAUAUCCUGGCCCGAGGAGAUGCACUGGAGGUCUGGAGAGCAGGGCUGGCACCAUCUGUCCUGGCUGGAUCCUCACCCUAGCCCGGUGGAUGCGGGGAGCUAGGAUAUAACGCACCGGGCUAAGAACACGUCCCGGAGACACUGUGCGCUCCACCGCAUAACACGGUGCCUGACCAGUACGAUGCCCGCCAUGGUAAGUCUUGGAGAGCUGUAGCGCCGAGCUGGCACAGGACGUGCAGGGCUAGGGAGGCGCACAGGAGGCCUGGUGCGUGGGGCUGGCACAGUCUUCACCAGACGGCUAGCACACACCUCACACCAGAACAAGUAUAGAGAGCUGACUCAGGUGACAUCAAAUCCCAGACACGCUCCAUUGGGCGGAUGUCGUGCCUCAUGCACCAACACAGCAACUCCCUCAUUACUCUCUCCUCCAAUCUCCCCAUUAACUCCUUCACUGUCUUUCCCUCGCUUCUGUCGCUCACCUCCAAUUUCGCCCUGACCGGCUCUGGUUCCAUCCUUGGCCCCUUACGAUAAGCACAGGGAGAUGGCUCAGGUCUGACUCCUGACUCUGCCACACUCCCCGUGUGCCCCCACCCACCCAAGACAUUUUUGGGGCUGCCUCUCGGGCUUCCUUGCCAGCCAUGCCAACUCCUCGUAGUGUUUCCGCUCAGCCUUAGCUUUCCUCCAGUUCCUCCUGUGGACGGAGAUACUCCCCAGCCUGUGCCCAGCGUCCCUUGCCUUCCAGUAUCUCCUGUCCCUGAUUGAGAACCAUACCCGGCCAAAAACAAAGAAAUACAAAACAUAGAAAAAAGAACAUAGAAUGCCCACCCGAGUCACACCCUGGCCUAACCAAAACAGAGACUAAAAAGCAUCUCUAUGGUCAGGGCGUGACACCGCUCAGGGAGGAGACUCGUUCUGUCUCCUAGAGAUGAAAGUUCUUUGGUGCGAAAAGUGCAAAUCAAUCCCAGAACAACAGCAAAGGACCUUGUGAAGAUGCUGGAGGAAACAGGUACAAAAGUAUCUAUAUCCACAGUAAAACGAGUCCCAUAUCGACAUAACCUGAAAGGCUACUCAGCAAGAAAGAAGCCAUUCCAAAACUGCCAUAAAAAAGACAGACUACAGUUUGCAACUGCACAUGGUGACAAAGAAGGUACUUUUUGGAAAAAUGUCCUCUGGUCUGAUGAAACAAUAAUAGAACUGUUUGGCCCUAAUGACCAUUGUUAUGUUUGGAGGAAAACGGGGGAGGCUUGCAAGCCAAAGAAAACCAUCCCAACCAUGAAACACGGGGGUGGCAGCAUCUUGUUGUGGGGGUGCUUUGCUAAAGAAGCGACUGGUGCACUUCACAAAAUAGAUGGCAUCACGAGAAAGGAAAAUUAAGUGGAUAAAUUGAAGCAACAUCUCAAGACAUCAGUCAGGAAGUUAAAGCUUGGUUGCAAAUGAGUCUUCAAAUGGACAAUGACCCCAAGCAUACUUCCAAAGUUGUGUCAAAAUGGCUUAAAACUUCUUGGGGCUGCAUUCCAGUUAACGGGAUCGAUAUGACAACAGCCAGUGAAAGUGCAGGGCGCCAAAUUCAAAACAACAGAAAUCUCAUAAUUAAAAUUCCUCAAACAUACAUGUAUCUUCUACCGUUUUAAUGGUAAUCUUGUUGUUAAUCCCACCACGGUGUCCGAUUUCAAAUAGGCUUUACAGCGAAAGCACCACAAACGGUUAUGUUAGGUGACCACGAACUCACAGAAAAACCCAGCCAUUUUUCCAGCCAAAGAGAGGAGUCACAAAAAGCACAAAUAGAGAUAAAAUGAAUCACUACCCUUUGAUGAUCUUCAUCAGAUGACACUCAUAGGACUUCAUGUUACACAAUACAUGUAUGUUUUGUUCGAUAAAGUCCAUGUUUAUAUGAAAACAUCUCAGUAUACAUUGGCGCGUUACGUUCACUAGUUCCAAAAACAUUCGGUGAUAUUGCAGAGAACCACAUCAUUUUACAGAAAUACUCAUUAUAAAUGUUGAUGAAAAUACAAUUCUUAGACAUGGAACUACACCUCUCCUUUAAUGCAACUGCUGUGUCAGAUUUUUUUUUUAACUUUACGGAAAAAGCAAACCAUGCAAUAAUCUGAGACAGUGCUCAGAAGAAAAAAUAAAUAUAUCCGCCAUGUUGGAGUCAAUAUUCCCUUAACUUUGAUGAUCUUCAUCAGAAUGCACUCCCAGGAAUCACAGUUCCACAAUAAAUGCUUGAUUUGUUCGAUAAUGUCCAUUAUUUAUGUCCAAGUAGCUACUUUUGUUAGCGCGUUUAGUACAUAAAUCCAAACGCUCGUGCAGGUCCAGCCGAAUGUCGGUCGAAAACUUCAAAAAGUUAUAUUACAGGUCAUAGAAACUUGUCAAACUUAGUAUAGAAUCAAUCUUUAGGAUGUUGUUAUCAUAAAUCUUUAAUAACGUUCAAACCGGAGAAUUCAAUUUUUAGUAGGAAAGCCAUGGAACACAGGUCGCUAUCAUGUGAAAUGCACCUGACCAAGACCUGGCUCUCUGCCAAACCACUGACUCAAAGAGUUCCCAUCCGGCUCCACAACACAGUAGAAGCCUCAUUCAAGUUUCUAAAGACUGUUGACGUCCUGUGGAAGCCCUAGGAAGUGCAACUUGAUCCAUAUCCCACUGUUUAUUCAAUAGGGACUGGGUUGAAAAUCGACCAACCUCAGAUUUCCUACUUCCUGUUUGGAUUCCUUCUCAGAUUUUUGCCUGCCAUAUGAGUUCUGUUAUACUCACAGACAUCAUUCAAACAGUUUUCUAUCCAAUACUAAUAAUAAUAUGCAUAUAUUAGCAACUGGGACUGAGGAGCAGGCCGUUUCCUCUGGGCACCUUUCAUCCAAGCUACUCAGUACUGCCCCUGCAGGGGCAGAACUGAAAAAGUCUGUGCGAGCAAGGUGGCCUACAAACCUGACUUGGUUACACCAGCUCUGUCUGGAGGAAUGGGCCAAAUUUCCCGCAAAUUAUUGUGGGAAGCUUGUAGAAGGCUACCUGAAACGUUUGACCCAAGUUAAACAAUUUAUAGGCAAUGCUUCCAAAUACUAACUGAGUGUAUGUAAACUUCUGACCCAAUGGGAAUGUGAAAUAAAAGCUGAAAUAAAUCAUUCUCUCUACUAUUUUUCUGACAUUUCACAUUCUUAAAAUAAAGUGGUGAUCCUAACUGACCUAUGACAGGGAAUUUUUACUAGGGUUAAAUGUCAGGAAUUGUUAAAAAAACUGAAUUUAAAUGUAUUUGGCUAAGGUGUAUGUAAACUUCUGACUUCAACUGUAUCUAGAACUGUAUUGCAAUUGAUAAUUGAUUCACUUUUAGAUGGAGUAUAUGGCUGUUUUUUCUACCAGAGCCAAAAAUAUAAUACCUUAUAAGGUCCUUGGAUUUCAAGGAGUAAUGGUAUGCUCCUUAAGAGUACAUCUUGGGCUACUUGUUGGUCUACUCCACACAGAGGAGGCUGGCAGACAUUCCAUUUAUUCCAUUUCAGCCAUUAAUAUGAGCCCAUCCUCCUAUAGCUCCUCCAACCAGCCUCCUCUGACUCCACGUUAGUUAGACAUCUCAUCAUUAUUCAUUAGUCUUUCAUUAAUCUGUCAUUAUAUUUCCAUCCUCACACUUUUGUACUUUAUAU